ACAAAAGUCUACAAUUGUCUCUGCUCUCAAAAAAAUAUUGAUAAUCGUGUGUGUUUCGGAAAUUGAAUUUCCUUAAUAAAAGAUGCCUAGCUAUUAAAGCUAAAUAGUGCCUCUUACCAAUUUGUAUUAAUAUCUGCAUUGCGUAAUUUCGACCAAUAGUUUAAAUACUAUAGUGUUUGCCGCGGUGCGGCCAUUCAGCCUAAUGGUGGAGUCCAAAAUGGCGUCAAGCGCGUUGGAUUUGGAUGCGUCAUAAAUAGACGCGGUGCAUGUGUCUUGAAUGGCUAUAAAUAGAGGAUUUGAAUUAGAAUGAUUGCAUGAAUUGCAAUGAAAAAUGUCAAACACAGUAAUUACUAACUAUACUGACCUCAAUGGACCUUCCACAAAAGCUGAUAGUUCUGUUGUUGUUAUUGUAAACAAGGAUGGAUCUCUGUCUGUUGAUCAAAAAUUACUCGGAACGUUGAUGGGUACAGAUGGAUCUCAAAGUACUGGUAUAAGUGUUGUUCGUGUUGGGCACGAAGGCAAACCUGAUGAUGCUACUGAUUCUGACACUGAUGAUGAGAAGGUGCCCCAUGUUACACUUUCAGUGGAUAGCUAUUAUGAUGAACCAAACAGUAUCAUAAAAUAUGAUAGUGGUGCUGAAAUGCUACAAUCGUUAAGAAUAGAAACAAGGGAAAACAGUUUGGUAGGAUUUCAAAAUGACCACUGCUACACACCACUUAAAUCUCCAAGUCAGUCCUUACCACAGCAAAGUGACAAUUUAUCAACUUAUGAUGAAUCGGUUAUUGAAAUCACACACACACCACCACCAAAGCCUGUUCCUAAUUCUAAGAAGAUCACUAUUUUGGAACAGCAGAUCAUACCAAAAGGUAAAAAGAUAGUUAUAAAUCCUACUGAAGCUCCCAUUAUACUGAAAGGCAAAGAUGUACUGAAUAAACUAUUGCCAAUAAAUAAAUCAAAGGAGAGUAAGGACUUAGAUAAGCCUUCCGAUACAAUACAAAAGGGUGAUGACAGUACUGAAUCCUCUUCCAUUAGUUCUUCUGGUGAUAGCAUCCCUGACAGAGAUUCUGAUUCUGACUACAAGGACACUAAAGAUAGGACAGGUUCUCUCAGAUUAAAGAAAACCAAAUUGAAACCCCGAAUAUUAAAGACUGCUGCUGCAUCUAAAGCAUCAAAACCAGAAUCUAAAUUGAUUAGUAAAUUAAAGCCAGCUAGAAAUAUAAUUAGAAAAGAAAUUAAAGAAAAGCUACAAUAUAAGAAUGUUUUGGAAAAGAAAGAUCCCUCUGAAGUUGAUUUGGAAAGCCUCUUGCCAUCAUCCAAAAUAUCGACGGUUGUCACACCAGGCACUGAAGUUAGUAAGGUCAUUUCUAAACAAACACCAAAACCUAUCAAAAAGGAGAAGAAAACACCAGCUCAUGUUACAGCUCUGCUGUCAGACAUGACUUCAUUGUUUUCAACACCAGAUGUUAUAAGAAGAGUGUCCACAGAUGGUAAGGUUCCUCCUAAGACACCAACUAGUGAGAAAGAGUCUCUGUUAUCUGUUGCUGACAAGAAGCCAACAACUGUUGGUAAAGCAGCAGAACUAGGGGAUGGAAAGAUCUCAGAUAUCAACAAGCUUGAUGGUUCAGAAACUCUUAAGCCUAUUGUGCACAAAACUUAUGUGAAACCUAAAGAGAAGACUAAGCCUUAUGAUCCAAUUCCACAACUGGAUGAUGCAAGUUUGGCUCAAAUACUUCAAGAUACCACAGGCAUCUCAAACACAGUGAAGAGCCAACCAACAAUAUCUACUGGUGGUGCCAUGAAUAGCCCAAGUUUAGCAGGUCCUUUAUCACCUACUUUAGACCUACUGGGUGGCCUUCAGCCUGAAGAGGAAGGAUUGACUGAAGAUUUCCUAAUGUCAGUUGCUCAGCUUGUAGCAAGCUCGGAAAACUUACAGGAAGUCAUUGAUAAGCAAGUACUAGGGAAGGUGGAUUCUGGUCCUAUUAAGACACCACAGACUACUCAGUCACCACAAACGCCACAACAACCAACACAGGCAACCACUAAUUUAUACACUCAAACUCUUUCUAAAUCAGUGCCUAAAACUAUGCCCGUGCGCAAGGAUCCUAUUGAGAUAGUGCGACGAGAUGGACGCGUUAUAACAUUACCGCCUAUUGAAGCACCAGCAACACGCUCUUCAAAACGAAAAAGUCAGAUGGAGGUGGCAAGUAACCCUGAACCUGCACCUGUCCCAACGCCACCAGCUCCCGUGCACCCUGUGUCAACUACCCCUGAGCCACAAGUGCAGGCAGUCUCCAAACAGUACAUUAACAAGAAGCUGUCCACCAAGAAACAGGAACAACCUCUACUUAAUCCUGUUCUUGACAAAUUAUCUGCAGAAUCUCAAGAAAGCUGGAACUCGGAAGAUGAUCCUAAUAGACUAUGGUGUAUAUGUAAGCAGCCACAUAACAACCGUUUUAUGAUUUGCUGUGAUGGUUGCGAGGACUGGUUCCAUGGGAAAUGUGUUAACAUCACCAAAGCUAUGGGCCAGCAAAUGGAGGAACAAGGCAUUGAGUGGAGAUGCCCAAAUUGUAUCAAGAAAGCAAAGCCUUCUGCUAAAGGCGCUAAACAGCUACAGUUAACAGAAAGUAAAAUAGAACCAGGGCUAACACCGGAAUUAAAGUCACCAACCCAAUCACCGGCUGUCAAGGACUCAAAGACAAGUUGCAUUGUUUGCAAGAAGCCCGCUCGUGCUAGUAGCAUUUAUUGCAGUAACUCGUGUAUAUGGAAACAUGCACAAGACUCACUGGGCAGUCAGGGUCCUUCAGGUAAAGGAGACGGUGAACCUGGCAAAAGUAAUGAAAAGCAAAAAGCUGAAUCAAGGGUCAUUGUAUAUGAACGCAAAUCUGGAAGGUUACUGGCUGGGGCAAAUGCUCCGACUGCAGAAAAUUUGAAAUCAUGGUUGCAGCAACAUCCAACAUUUGAAGUAGUGCGUCCUGGUACUCUCAGUACAAUUAAACCAGGCCUUGGAAAGAAGAAGACUAGUGAACCAAAUAAGAUUCAGACCACACUCAACUUUGAGAGAAUACCGCGCAAACCAGCUGAGCAGGCUACACCACAGAGAACACCUAAUGUGGAGCCAAAAGAGAGAUCUAUUAGACUUAUAUCAGCUCCUAAAGAAGAACCAAGAGCUUCUCCACAACUCAAGUCUCCCGUUACUCCGAAAUCUCAGCCUCCUCUGUCGACUGAGACUCCUAAGGCCAGCACGUCAACUGCCAAGCCUGCAAUAACAGCCAGGAAAUUGAUAAGAACGCCUAGCAGUCAUGGACAGUCAUCACAGGAAAAGGCGCCUUCAGUUUCGCCGUCGACAUCGCGCCGGAAAGAUACUCACAGUAGAAUAAGGAUGUCAAGUGGUGAACCAAUCAGAGAUAACGUGCGGAAAGCUUUGCAAGAGCAACUGAGCAUCCGCAUGUCAGAAAAUACGGGCCCGAAGUUUACAGAAGCGGAAAUACAACAGUUUGCCAACGAUACAGAGUCUGAAUUGCAUGAACUAUUCAGAGAUGUGGGGAUGAAAUACAAAGCCAAAUACAGAUCACUAAUGUUCAACAUAAAGGAUCGAAAAAAUCUGACACUAUGGCAAAAAAUCUGUGACCGAUCUAUUACGCCUAAACAACUCGUCCGCCUAUCUCCAGAAGAAUUAGCGAGUCAAGAGCUGGCGCAAUGGAGAGACAAAGAGGCUAAGCAUCAGUUAGAACUCAUUAAGAAGUCAGAAUUAGAUCUUUUAGCGGCUAGCAAAACAUAUGUCCUGAAAACGCAUAAGGGUGAAGAGGUAAUGGAAACUAAAGAAUCCGUAACAACUGAACUUGAUGCAAAUGUGCCGGUUGAAGAUGUAGUGACUGCACUCAAUGACUCAACAGUCGGUCCUGAUGUUUUGUCGCAAGAAAAAUCACCAGAAAAUAACAGCAAAGGUGGCCAUCCAGAAAAGAAAGUCGGUAAAAAACGUAAUCGCGAGGAUAGCAGUUCGGGCCGAUCGAAAAGAAGCAGGCGAGAGUCGAAACGUGAUUCUGACAGAAAAUCUAGAUCUGCAAAGAGAAGAUCAGAGUCUACCGAAAAAGAGACAAGAACCGAGCAAAGAAGAUCAACGCGCAGAUCGGACAAGAAGUCCAGUAGAGCUAGAUCGGUGUCCAAAGAUAGAAGUAAGGAAUCUAAAGAGAAACCAGAUUCAGCUGAUCGAAAACGGGACAGAUCAUCUUCCCGGGAGAAAAGUAGAAGACGUUCGAAGUCAACCGCGCGAGAUCGGUCACGGUCACCGACACGCUCCCGCCGACGCUCGCCUUCACGCGACAGCCCCAAGCCCAGGGAAGAGUCGCGAUCCAAACGUACUAACAGUAGCGAUGACAAGCAAAAGCAUCAUCGGUCCAGAUCUCAAGAUAAUAUUUACACUAAGAUUAAGAAUGAUUCCACAGAUUCGGAUUCAAUAGAGCGACCGAAGUCGGCUAUGAUGAAGGAUGCUCAUCCCGAAUACGAUCCUCAUGAACCAAUGAUAACAUCGGCAUUCUCUGAAGAAGAUUUAAGAAAAUCUAGAGAAGAUGUAUUUGAAGAAAACUAUCGGAAUGAUAUGAUUAGUUAUGAAGCCGAGUAUGAUCCUUCUAAGUCAUUAAUCGACAACAAUAUCAUAUUGCCUGGAUCAAGAUUUUCAACAAACCAGGAUAAAACUUCAGAAGCAGAGAGUGAUCAAGAACCAAGUAGCACAGUGGACAAUUCUGCUGCAACGGUGUGGAGUGGGUGUAUCAACAUGGUGGAUGUGGCCAGGUUCUAUGUAGCAGCACAUGAGGUGUCAGGCAGUUCUGUGGAUUUGGAAGAAGACCUUAGCACAGAGCUGGAUAUUGUAGGUAGAAUAAAUCCUGACACAGUAUGGGAAUAUAUUGCUAAAAUGAAGAAAACAAGUACUAAGGAUAUUGUUAUUCUAAAACUUCAAACGGCUAACGACGAGGAAAAAAUGCAGUACAUUGCCUUAUAUAGCUAUCUUAGUAGUCGCAAUAGGUUAGGCGUAGUAAAGUCGUCUAAUAUGAUGACCGUGAAAGACUUUUAUAUAGUACCGCUACCGGCGAACACAGCGCUGCCGGCAGUUCUCCUGCCUCUUGACGGCCCGGGGAUCGGAGACAUUAAGACUCAUCUUCUCAUCGCCAUCGUAAUUCGCCAACGGAAGAAGCGAUUGCAUGCAAACAUUCCUACCGAUGUGGUUCCUGCUAAGGUAGCACGAGAGUCCCGAAAGCGGUCGUACACGCCACCAGCAUCUCCGCGCAGGCGUCCGCCGCUUCCGCUACCAGCAUACCCAUCAUCAAGUCUCUCUACUACCGUGAAGGAUAAAAUUGCUGCGUCCUUAGUGUCUGCAGAUGAUGACGAACCAUACAGUCCUGGGUCGACGAGCAGCAGUGGCAGCGGCCCGUCGUCUUCCGGACCGAGCUUAGCCUCCAAUACUCUCAGAAGUAAGAUGGAGGAACUCAACAGGCAAAUAGAAGAGCAGAAACAACAAAUUCUUAAGAUGGCGCAAGCAGACUCUUCUAUUGGCGAGGACGAAGAAGCAUACUCUCCCUCCCGGCCAAUGACACCGCCACCCGUACAAAAUGUGCCCUUAGCCGACAUUGCGUUGCCUUCCAACUUGCAAGAGAUUUUAGCGACAAUCAAGCAAAGGUCAGAGACCACUACUGCGGACGUCGACAUGCGUACAUUGCCUUUACCAUAAAGCUUAAAAUAUAAUAAGAAUGUACAUAUAGAGUAAUUUGUUUAUCUAAUUAUAAGCACAAGGUUUCUUUGCAGUGCAAACAUAUCUAUUUUUGUGUAUAUUCUAGCAUUUUACCGACUUGGUUACAUAUUUUACUGAAAUCGUAUCGUUUGAUAAUUUAACUUUCUACUUUUGUAGAGUUAUGACAAUUGAAUGCAUUAUCUUAAAAUUUUGUGGUACUUUAGUUAGCGUUAGGAAUUGUAGGUUCUAGACUAGACUCCUACUUUUUUAUAUACUGAAUGUGCAAAGCAUAUUACAAUAUUUUUGUGCAAUAAGUAACAAUACAUGAAUUCCCAGUACAUCAUGCAAUUAGAUAAAUGUGGGUGUGAAUGAAAAAUAAAACUUAUUGUGGAUGGAAUUAAAUUAGGUUCUCUGUAAAAUAUUGUAAUAGCCCAUUGUUUUAACGUAGAUUAUAUUUAUAUGUUCGAAAUAAUUAGUGUACAAAAUUUAGAUUAUGAUUAGUUGUAUCACAAUUAUUUUACUUUUUUCAUGUUUUAAAACUAAAGUAUACAUUAUAGUUGGAUAAAAUAAAGACAUGUUUAAAUUGGA